AUGGACAGCGGGAGUCAUCAGACUCCCGCCAAAGUUGAGUACCUCCCAUUUUAUGUCCCUGACGAUAGCCAUUGCUCCGCUAUAAAUUUUAGACUUGACGCUCCUUCUUCAUCAACCUGUCGGGUGUCAGCUGUUCCGAAAUCGACUUCUGCCAGCGGACAUGACUCAUCCAUUCACCUAUACUACCAAAACGUAUGCGGUAUGAACUCUACUAUUGACGAUUACAUGCUUGCUUUUUCUGGAGGAUGCUACGACAUCAUCGCGCUUACCGAAACUUGGUUGGACAACCGCACCCAAUCUUCUUACGUGCUUGGGAAUGAAUAUAACGGUUUACGUUGCGAUCGCGGCCCUCACAAUAGCCGAAAAUCGACUGGAGGAGGUGUGCUCAUCGCAGUUCGUCGAAAUCUUAAGGCCCAUCGAAUCGACGACACUACCUGGAGCAAUCUUGUGCAAGUGUGGGUGUCGAUAGAAUUGGCCGAUAGUAAUGUUUUUAUCUGCGUCAUUUAUCUUCCACCUGAUAGAACGCGUGACAAAGAAAUUAUCGAUACCCAUGUUCAAUCGGUCUCAUCAAUCGCCAGUCGAGCAAAACCGUGUGACGAAAUUAUUAUCUUCGGUGAUUUUAACUUUCCAAAUUUAUGCUGGCGCCCAUCACACGACGGCUUUCUUUACCCCGAUCCGGCUCACUCCACGUUUAAUUCUUGUACUCUAGCAUUGCUUGAUGGCUACUGCACAGCCACCCUUCAGCAAAUCAACGACAAUACUAACGAAAACGAACGUUGUCUCGACCUGUGUUUCGUUAGUUGCUGCGACAUCGCCCCCAUAUUAACCUACGCCCCGGCACCUCUAGUUAAAAUCGUACGUCAUCAUCCGGCCCUCACUCUCGCUCUAGAAAUUAAAAACAGCAGCGAAUAUCAGCAAGUAUCUUGUCUAAGCCGCUACGAUUUUCGAAAAGCUAAUUACAGUGAGAUGAUUCGAGCACUUGAUAACAUUGAUUGGAGUAUCAUUUCUAAAGAAACCGACGUCGACAUAGCCGUAUCCAAAUUUUCCUCCAUAAUCUCAGGACUAAUCGAACAAUUUGUUCCAAAAAUGGUUUGCAAGAAUGCAGAUAAACUCCCCUGGCAAACUCCGGAGUUGCGUCGAUUAAAAAGGGCUAGAAACGCUGCAUUCAGGAAAUUUUCUAAACGUCGUACCCUACCCUUACGCGACCACUUUCGCCGGAUUAAUAACUCUUAUAAAACACUAAGCCGAAGAUGUUUUUCUGCACUCCGACGGCGUAUGGAAGACAAACUAAAAUCCGAUCCCAAAAAAUUUUGGAACUUCAUCAAGGAACAACGCAAGGAAACAGGGUUACCGUCGAUUAUGGUGUCAGCCAACGAGACUGCCGACAAUGCUGCCUCUAUUUGUAACUUAUUUGCAAACAAAUUUUCUUCAGUAUUCUCCAGUGAAUCACUUACCGCUGAACAAAUUUAG